CAUAAUCCAAAGGCUAUAUAUAUAUAUUGGAAGAUUGUGAAGUUUCUCUAUUAGAUAAUCCCUUUCUUCGCAAGCAGUCACCCUAGCAUUCUUGACAGACUCCCUCCUCCAAUUUCUCAACACUUUAGCAUUCUUGACAGACACGACAGAACACGGUACACAGCACAGCGGACGAGACCCAUUACUGAGAUAGACAAGAACCGAAACCCACAAACUAGACAGCGCGACUGAGAUUUCAUUUCAAUUCAUUUCAACUAUCGGAUGGCAAGGGAUAGCUGCUUGGCUCGUGUGACCGCCGGCGUUGCAGUAGGCGGUGCUGUCGGUGGCGCCGUCGGUGCUGUGUAUGGCACGUAUGAAGCUAUUAGGUAUAAGGUACCAGGACUGAUGAAGAUCCGGUACAUUGGACAAACAACACUAGGCAGUGCCGCCAUUUUCGGUCUUUUCUUGGGCGCUGGAAGCCUGAUACAUUGUGGGAAGUCAUAUUAAGGACUUUUUGAUGGAUUAAUUGUCUGUGCUUUGAGCUUUGAUGUGAUCAGUUGCCCUUUGGCCUUGGACAGUAUGUGAAGAGUGCAUAAUUAUUUCUUAAAAUGCUAAACUUUUGUUGUGGUGUUAUGUUCAUGGGUGAUAGGAAAUUCAUGGAAAUUAUCUUUCAAA